AGAUCCGUGACCGGAGAGACCGAGUCCUCGCCGCGCGUCUCUGCCUCUGAGGUUCCCAAAUGGAUGGAGCGCGCUUACGGUGCGUGCACUUCAACCGAAAAAAAGACUGGAAACAAUUUCUGAACAUCCGCCAGUUUGGCUCCGAAAUGCCCGGCUGGCUCUCUGCAGCUCACUGAGAACUUUUCUUCUCCAUAUUCGCUUUUUUUCUUUCUCUCUCUCUCUCUCUCUCUCCAAAGUUUGCAGCGAGAACGGAAACGCCAGCUGCGCGCGCCUCGCUAUGGAUUCUGUCUGUUUUUUGCUCAUGUGCUUUUCACUCACUCACAUAUUUUGGGAUCAUCUUUUAGCUGCAGAAUCACACGAAAAACUCUCUGGAAAGCUGAGUGAGUAUGGUCUUAUCGUGCCAUUCAGCACAGACUCCCGCGGCCGCUACAUUUCUCACAUGGUCUCUGCUGGAAGUAAAAGUGCUGCUGAUGCCUCCUCGGUAUUUGGCAGCAGAAGAAGGGUGGCCCGCGGUGCCCCCGCAGCGCCCUCAGUCACCCCUUUCUCCUCCAGCGCUCAGCAGUUGUUCUUCAACGUCACUGUGUUUGGCAAAGAGCUGCACCUCCGCCUCAGGGCCAACAGGAGGCUGGUGGCUCCAGGAGCUUUUGUGGAAUGGCAGGAGGAUUUUGAGGAAAAGGCCAAGGAGCGUAUCCACGGGGACUGCGUGUUCACUGGAGACGUCACAGACAUGCCAGAGGCCUCGGUGGCCAUCAGCAAUUGUGACGGCCUGGCAGGUCUGAUCCGGACUGAUAAUGGGGAGUUUUUCAUCGAGCCCCUGGAGAAAGGCCAGCAGGAUGUGGAAGUGAAGGGGCGUGUCCACGUGGUUUACCGCAGGUCGGCAAUCAAGCGGGAAAAGGGAAAACAGGAAGAGGAUCUCCACAAUGAAGUGGCAAACUUUGGGAUCACAAACCUUCCCGCUGCACUGGAUCUUGUUGAACACAAGGUAUCUGAGAUGGAGCGUAAGCGGAGGCAUGCAAAGAAAGAUGACUACAACAUCGAAGUGCUGCUGGCUGUGGAUGACUCGGUGGUGCGCUUCCAUGACAAGGAGCACGUGCAAAACUAUGUUCUCACGCUCAUGAAUAUAGUUGAUGAAAUCUAUCAUGAUGACUCUUUGGGCACCAACAUCAACAUUGUCCUUGUUCGAAUGAUAAUGGUCGGGUAUCGACAGUCAGUCGGCCUGAUCGAGCGUGGAAACCCAUCACGCAGCCUGGAGCAGGUGUGCCGAUGGGCCAACACACAGCAGCGCCGUGACCCUGACCAUGCCGAGUAUCACGACCACGCCAUCUUCCUCACAAGGCAAGAUUUUGGCCCCGCAGGUAUGCAAGGUUAUGCUCCAGUGACGGGGAUGUGCCACCCGCUGCGGAGCUGCACUCUGAACCACGAGGAUGGAUUCUCCUCUGCCUUUGUGGUUGCUCAUGAAACCGGCCACGUGUUAGGAAUGGAGCAUGAUGGUCAAGGGAAUCGCUGUGCUGAUGAGACCAGUAUGGGCAGCAUCAUGGCACCACUAGUCCAAGCAGCGUUCCACCGCUACCACUGGUCACGGUGCAGCAAGCAGGAGCUCAACAGAUACAUUCACUCUUAUGACUUUCUGGAUGAUCCGUUUGAACACAAGUGGCCCAAACUUCCCGAGCUCCCUGGGAUAAAUUACUCAAUGGAUGAGCAGUGCCGCUUUGAUUUCGGUGUUGGGUACAAAAUGUGCACUGCUUUUCGAACCUACGAUCCUUGCAGGCCUUGGUGCAGCCACCCUGAAAACCAGUACUUCUGUAAAACCAAAAAAGGCCCUCCGGUGGAUGGAACAGAGUGACCAGGAAAGUGGUGCUUUAAGGGUCAUUGUAUCUGGAGGACCAGCCAGGAGCCUCUGGGCCAUGAUGGGAAUUGGGGAUCCUGGUCCAAAUUUAGUCCUUGCUCCAGGACAUGUGGAGGUGGAGUUCGGUCCCGCAACAGACACUGCACCAACCCCCGUGAGCCUGCCUACGGAGGACGAGAUUGCCCCGGUUCUGCUUUUGACUAUCAGAUGUGCAACACAGAGGAGUGUGCAGGGCCUUAUGAGGACUUCCGUGCCCAGCAGUGCAUUCAGAGGAGCAACAAGUACCACAACAAUGUCAAGCACAACUGGCUGCCAUAUGAGGAUCCAGAUGAGGCCAGAAAGUGUGAGCUGAGCUGCAGGUCAAAGGAAACCGGGGAGGUGGUGUUCAUGAACCAGGUGGUGCAUGAUGGGACACGCUGCAGCUACUCCGACCCGUUCAGUGUGUGCGCUCGAGGAGAGUGUUUGCACGUCGGCUGCGACAAGGAAGUCGGCUCGUACAAACAGGAAGACAAAUGUGGAGUGUGUGAGGGGGACAACUCCCACUGCCGAACCGUGAAGCUGACGCUCACCAAGACGCCAAAAAAACACGGGAUGCUGAAAAUGUUUGACAUUCCAAUAGGAGCCCGUCAUAUUGUUAUUGAAGAAAAUGAAACUUCGCCUCACAUCAUCGCUGUGAAGAAUCAAGUUAGUGGAAACUUCAUCUUGAAUGCCAAAAGUGAAGAAACAGAGACAAAGACAUUCAUUGAAAAUGGUCUGUUGUGGGAGUAUUUUACCGAUGACCAAAAGGAGAGUGUGAAAAUAACCGGUCCUCUUCAUGAAGGCAUUACAGUGCUGGUCAUUCCACAGGCGGAGGAAUCAAAAAUCAGCUUGACAUACAAAUAUAUCAUUCACGAGGACCUGUUACCCCUCAUAACCAACAACAAUGUACUUCUGACUGAACUGGACACGUAUGAAUGGGCACUGAAAAGCUGGUCUCAGUGCUCUAAACCCUGCGGUGGAGGUAUACAGUACACAAAGUAUGGAUGCCGGAGGAAGAGUGACAGUCGACUGGUGCAUCGUAAUUUCUGCGACACCAAUAAAAAGCCCAAACCGAUCCGCAAACGCUGCAAUGGUCAUGAGUGCAGCACACCUGUGUGGGUGGUGGAAGAGUGGACCCCCUGUAGUAAGACAUGCGGUAAGCUCAGCUACCAGACCAGGGUGGUCCAGUGUAUGCAAGCACUUACCAACAGCACCAACAAGCCCGUCCACAGCAAGCACUGCACUGAAGACCGUCCAGAGACAAAAAGAACCUGUAACCACACCAACUGCCCCACCCAGUGGAGGACAGGGGCAUGGUCUCAGUGCUCAGUGACCUGUGGUGAAGGGAUUCAGCAACGGCAGGUGGUUUGUAAAGCCAGCGACAACACUAUCGGAGAAUGUGAGGGCGACAAACCACAAACCGUCCUCGUUUGUAAAAUCAGUCCCUGUCCAGGGGAUUCGGCAUUUCCUAUCAUCAGUGAAACAACAGAGAACACAACAAAAAAACAUGAAGCCGAACACCAGUGGCCUCCUGAAAAUUCUCCGAACAAAAUCUCUUCAAAUGAGCCAUGUCUCGGGGACAAAUCAAUUUUCUGUCAGAUGGAGGUGCUUGCCCGUUAUUGUUCCAUCCAUGGAUAUAACAAGCUUUGUUGUGAGUCUUGCAACAAAAGAGAAAUCUUCGCAACGCUUGGCCCUGACUUCCUGAACCCGCCACAGUCCUCAAGCAAACGCAAGACUGACAAACCUCUGCUGUCCAGUGCCUCACCAAAAGCUCCUCUAGCCAUCACCCAGAACCCAGCACACACUCCUAAAGUCAUCACUAGACGUCCCCGCUCCACUGCUCAGGUGCUCACCACAUUUGCUCCAAAAGCCUUUCCAUCUACAAUCCCGGGUCCCACCAGCAACUUGUCCAUCACAGGUAGGCUGGGAGACUCAGAUCCAGGACCCCUUGUACCUACGAGACCACCAGGCACAACAAUAGACUCCUUGAAAGAGCGCAGUCCAACUAGCACUUUAGCCCCACUCGCUGUCAACUCAAGAAGGGACAAUUCAGGAUCAGAGAGGGACUCCUCUCACAGAACCCACUCAAUGGACAAAUGAACUUUUUCUUUAAU